AAUAAACCCACGUGAAAUGAAAGUGCGAGAAGUGAGCGCUCUCGUCAAAAAUAUGUAAUAAACGCCCUGUUAACGUCAAAGUAGAUUAUAACUUAAAUACAUUUCCAUGAGUAGUGAACUCCGGGUUUUAUAAAUUCGCGUUUACGGAAAGCGACUGUUCCUACCUUCUCUCCGAUUCGUGGAUUAUUUUUGGUGGGCAAAAGAUGUCAAUGAAGGGUCGUCUUCAAAGUAUUUUGUAAUUUAAACAUUGUACCAUAUCCAGGAUUUUUAUUCACUGUUUAGAGAAGUAUUGCCGUACACACGUAAAAAGUGAUAUUUAUACAAUAUUCGUAAAUAUUUCCGAGUAGGGAAUAGAGAACGUAGAAACGUGUCUGUCAAAAAAGUUCUUCGAACAAAAUCGUGAAUGUGGAGCACAUGGUUACAUCCAACGGUAAACAAGUCUGGUUGCACAACGGUGCCGAUAUUACGUGUACUUUGCAAUCCACAGGAGGACCGAGAGGAUCCAGCGACAUGAGCAAACUUGAAAUAAACAAUGAGAUUGUUUUAAUGAGGCACGCAGUCCGCCGUGCACGUGUUCACGUUGUGAGGAAGCUGGUGAGGGAUGUCAAGACUUUACGAGAAAAAAAAGGUAACGAAAAGCAGCAGGAAAAAUAUAAAAGGAAAGCAGAAAGAUUUGCUAAUGAGAUUCUGGCCAUUAAAAAGGUCAAGGAUGAUGAGAUUUCUCGGUACGCCAUUACUAAUUCGAGGAGCUUGCAGGAGAUUUUAGAAGACCAAGGUUCAGAUUCUCAGACUCGCAUGAUGGCUAGAUUGGCUUUUCACAGUACUUUGAAAAAUGUGGUAUCGAAGUUUAAAGAAAAGUUCCCAGAGUACGAGAAACAUUUGGGACCAGGGAAAAGGAAAUUGAUAAAAUUGCAACGGAAGGCUAAGAAACAAGCAGCUGCACAAAAAAGAGUUUCCAAAAACGUUAACAAUGAAAAUAUUGAAGUAGCUGAUAAUUCCGAAAAGGAUACUUCCGAAAACAAUGAAAUAAUUACGAACAGAAGUAGUAAUAUCGAAUACGAAGAGGCGUCAAAAGAUCAAGAUAUUAAAGAAACUCUAAGCAGCGAUGAAGAUAGUAAAACUUUAGAACCAGGAAGUAUUUUGCGUAUAAAACCAAUUAAUAUCAAUAAUGAAUCCAAAGAUUCAGAAAGGAAAAAGUUAAAGAAGUCGAACAAAGAAAGUACUAAAAAUCCGGAAGUCAAAUCGCUGGAAGUGAAAAAUCAUCCUAGAAAAACCUCUGUUCCUGUGAAGGUGACUAAAGAAGCAAUGGUAAAGAGAUUUACAGAACUGCUGCAGGAAGAAACAUCCAACGAAGAUUUCAAAGAGAAAGAUGACACGGUAAAACCAUUACAAGUCGAGUUAAGGAAAGAAGUCGAUGCAUUCUUUAUGACUGGAGAUGGAGAAAGGGAAUACCUCAGUGUCGCUAUUCCAAAAGAAGUAAAAAGUAGUGACGAUUAUAAUAACCAGGAUAAUUUCAAAAAUCCAAAGUUUGCGAAGAGUAAAUUCUUUGAUAAGAUAGAUAAUUCCAAUGGAUGGAAUCAGAAACCAUCAAGAACUCAAGCUCGGCAGAAAAACUACUGUAAAUCGAAUGAUAAUUAUGUUAGCCAAAGGGCGGAGAGGCCAAUUAAUGGAAGCAGGAGUUCAAAAGUUCCAUUCAAAAGGAAAGAAGACGUUCCUGAGCAUUUACAUCCAUCUUGGGCAGCGAAAAAGAAACAGCAAGAAAUCUUAAAGCAAGGAUUCCAAGGGAAGAAAAUCGUCUUCGGUGAUGAUUAGUCACCGUAAUCACCGUAAUUAGGUAGAGCUAUAUUUGUAAGUUACGUUAUAUAAUUUAAUUAGCCAAAAUAGAACUUUAAAUCAUUGUUGUCUAUAGUGAUUAAAGGAAAUAACAUUUAUACCCGUUGUUGUGAAUUGUCUUGUACAAGUGAACUUGUAAGUACAUUAGGAUAUUUAAAUUUAGUACGGCAUGUAUAGUACUCAAUUGGACCUCGAAUGAAGGAAUGAUUAAUCCUUAUUGCUCAACCGUUCCUAAGAAUUUCUUUUAGUUCACGUAUAAUUACCUUCAAUUUCCAGUUUUCGCUGUAAAGGUUACAAGGUGGAAGUUUUUGGGAUUCAUGACAUGUCUGUCGUUGACUGCGCAAUAUCCAAAGUAUUCAUCGAGGAAAAUUUUAUCCCAAGGUUUUGAAACUUGGUCCAUCCGAUACAAAGAUUUCCCAAUAAUUUCCGAAGUUGCCCAAACUUUGACUGCGUCAUUGGUUCACAUGACAGUAAACAAAUGAGCAUUAAAUUCUAAAGUUAAUUCCUACCAUCGCAAUCACACGACCCGUUUUCACGAUUCAUCGAAAACCCAAGUGCUUCAAAAUAAUUCAUUGAUUCACGAAAAAUGUAAUAAGUUAGCAACAAUUGGACGCAUUAGUAACAGCUACCUCAGUAACCUAAUGUUAAAUUAAAUAUAUACGUAUCUGUGUGUGUAUAUGUAUAUAAAAUAAAUGUAAUUAGACACUUUUA